AUGGAUUCUACUGAUGUUUCUCAGGUUGCAGAUUCUACUGGCAUUCAAAGUGCAGCUUCUCUAUUGGCUAGAAUUCUGGCUACUACUAUUGCUUCUCCGACUUUAUCACCUACAACUGUACACUGUUACAGCUAUUGGAAGAAGUUGUUGAAGAUCCGGGACAUUGCUAAGAGGUUUAUUAGAUACCAAGUUGGUGAUGGGAGGAAGAUUUUUCUUUGGCUGAACAAGCGGCAUCCAGCAGGGUGUCUUUUGGAUAAAUUUGGAUAUAGGGCAAUUUAUGAUUCAGGUUUAUCCAUGAAUGCUAAAUUGUGUACCAUAAUCAGGAAUGGGGAAUGGUUGUGGGGAGAAGAUCAGCUUAUCUGGGAAUCCAAGAAUGGGAAACACUCUUGUGCAAAUGCUUGGGAGAAUAUGAAGAGUAGAAGUCAGGAGGUUCCUUGGUGGAAGGACAUUGUUGUUACUAGGCACAAGAUGUGUGCUUGGGGGUAUUCGGGUUCGAUUCUUUGCAUGUUUUGCUAUGCUCAUCAGGAGAACAGAGACCAUCUCUUCUUUGGUUGUAGUUUCAGUAGAAGGAUUUGGAUGGAAAUCAUGAGUGAUUGUUCCUUCGUUAAUGUUCUGACUAGUUGGAAUGAUGUUGAAAUUUGGGGUCCUAAAGUGUUCAGGGGAAAAAGUCUACAGUCAUGUUUGGGAAGACUUUGUUUUUCUGCUGUAGUGUAUCACCUAUGGCAGCAACGUAAUGCCCUCUUACAUAGUAAUAAUCCUCGGACGGAGGAAGCAAUUUUGGCUCAAGUUCGAUGGGAAGUCGGGAUGAGGAUUAUGGCUAAAGGGCAUUUUAAGAGACUUAAUAAACAGAAGGUUCUUGUGGCUAAAUGGAACCUUUUAUCUUGCUGUAACUGA